AUGGAGAACAUAGAGAAGAACCUGGGAUUUCCUCUGCCCCAAAAUGGUGCUCAAGUGGAAAUUCUGGACAAUGACAAAUCCUAUUGGGUAAACCUUAACAAAAAAGAUUCUAGUUAUAUUAUAAAACGUGGGUGGAACAAAAUCAGAGAUGACAGAGGUCUCAAAGCAGUCCAUGGCCUACAGAAGAACAAGAAUAUCAAGAAGGAGAGAGCAGCUCGUAUAAUUAAACUAUGGGAGAACAAUAACAUAAAUCUUGAAAAUCUUUACCCGUACUGGCAUUGA